UCGUCGUCGUCUUCGUCUUCGUCAGGCACUUUACCCUCGUCUGCUGGUCUCCGCUGGAGCUUCUCUGCAUAGCUUGAGCGAAGUCUUUACUCCAACAAGUCAAGCUAACCAUCUCUCUCUCUCUCUUCAAUCGAGUUCACUCUACACAGAGAGAGGCGAAGCCGAGGAAGGAGGAAAUGGCGGAAGCGACGACCGUGCACUCGCCGCUCGUCACCUACUUCUCCAUGCUGUCGCUCCUCACUCUCUGCCCUCCCUUCGUUAUCUUGCUAUGGUACACAAUGGUGCAUGCUGAUGGGUCUAUCACCCAAACUUUUGAUUACCUGAAGCAGCAUGGACUGCAAGGAUUCCUAGACAUAUGGCCCAGGCCAACCUCCAUCGCUUGGAAGAUCAUCGCUGUUUAUGCUGCAUUUGAGGCUGCGCUGCAGCUCCUUCUUCCUGGAAAGACGGUCAAGGGCCCUAUAUCUCCUGCUGGGAAUCAGCCAGUGUAUAAGGCAAACGGAAUGGCAGCAUAUUUUGUGACCUUGAUCACCUAUCUUGGCCUUUGGUGGUUUGGGAUAUUUAACCCAACUAUUGUUUAUGAUCACUUGGGCGAAAUAUACUCCGCACUCAUUCUUGGAAGCUUCAUCUUUUGUAUUUUCCUGUACAUUAAAGGUCUCCUGGCACCAUCGUCUGCCGACUCUGGUUCUUCAGGGAAUAUAAUAAUUGACUUCUAUUGGGGUAUGGAGCUCUAUCCUCGGAUUGGCAAGAACUUUGAUAUUAAAGUCUUCACAAAUUGCAGGUUCGGAAUGAUGUCUUGGGCAGUUCUUGCUCUAACCUAUUGCAUUAAGCAGUAUGAGCAGAACGGAAAAGUUUCAGAUUCAAUGCUCGUGAAUACCAUAUUGAUGCUAGUGUACGUCACCAAGUUCUUUUGGUGGGAAGCCGGAUAUUGGAACACAAUGGAUAUUGCACAUGAUCGAGCUGGCUUCUACAUCUGUUGGGGAUGCUUGGUAUGGGUCCCAUCCAUCUAUACUUCUCCUGGCAUGUACCUUGUCAAUCAUCCUGUUAACCUGGGAACUCAGCUCGCAUUUUAUAUUUUGGCAGCAGGCAUUCUGUGCAUAUACAUCAAUUAUGAUUGCGACAGACAGAGGCAAGAGUUUCGCAGAACAAAUGGCAAGUGCUUAGUAUGGAGGAAGGCUCCUUCGAAGAUAAUGGCUACGUACACUACGACAUCUGGAGAGACCAAAACCAGCCUCCUCUUGACUUCAGGAUGGUGGGGCUUAGCACGUCACUUUCAUUAUGUACCUGAGAUUCUUGGAGCCUUUUUCUGGACUGUCCCUGCACUGUUUAAUCAUUUUCUGCCUUAUUUUUAUGUGAUCUUUCUUACAAUCCUAUUGUUUGACCGGGCAAAACGAGAUGACGAUCGUUGUCGAUCAAAGUACGGGAAGUACUGGAAGUCAUAUUGUGAGAAGAUGUCGGGUUAUGAGAGUGUCGUGGGAGGGAAGUUGAAGCUGAAAGGGAAAGCUUUGGAUGUGAAGGCUGGAGGAGUGAAGAAGAAGAAGAAGAAGCCAAAGCACCAGCAGCAUCAGGACCCCAUCUCCGAGGUCAUCGAAUCCGAGCUCCCCGCCGCUGGGGAUGACGGUGCAGCGCUGUCGAAUGAACCUAAGGAAGGGGAUGUAAAUGAUGAGAGCAAGUUGAGUGAAGAAGGCAACGCUGCUCCGUACGAUCAUCAGCUGACGCCCUCUGAAAAGCGAUACAUAGAGCAGAGGGAGCAGAUCGAUGUCAAGAGGCUGGCAAAGACAGCUAACAAGUCUCACCGCGACAGGAUACAGGAUUUCAACCAGUACCUCGCCAACAUGAGCGAACAUUACGACAUCCCGAAAGUUGGCCCAGGAUAACUGAGGAUCGGUUCCAUGAGCCAUGAAGGUUGCCAGAGCAAAUUUCAUGUAUGUUACUGAGAUUUCACAACUUUCUGUGCAUUAUGUCAUUGUUGAACCUUGGUUAAGUAUUUCGAUCGAAAACCUCAAGUCAGUUUGGCAAUGGGUGAUGGUGAUGGAGCAGCUACAGCACCUUUUUCUUGAUUUCUUAUUGAAAAAAGAUAUUGGGAUUAGCUCUUGAAAUUUAAUUGAUCCUUUUUUGGCUUUCUUUUCGAGUUGUGUCGGAAAUGGUUUUGGAUUAAGUACUUGUGAUUCUCAAGAAAGUUCUUUGGAGAGAACUAAGAGCAUUGGAAGACGUUGAAAAUGAAUGAAGUAUAGAGGGUCCGCUCACAUUGCAUUGAUAAGAAUUGAAUUGGCCCUCA